AUGACAAGUUUGCUGUGCAGUUGGGAAACUAAUUUUGUUUAAAUGCUUUAAGUAAUACGUUUAAAUUAAUUAAAACGAUAUAAAAAGUAAAUAAAGUGAUAUGCAAAGACCUAAAGGCGUCAGAAAGCUUAAAGUACAGUGAAAAUUAUGCUUCAAUAAAAUUACGAAAUUAUGUAUGAAAGUUGCAAACAGCUGUAAAAACAUAUUUCUUAAAGAAAAAAAUCUGACAUGUCCUAACCGAGCGUUAAACUCAAUUAAUUGAUUGUUUUGUAAAAUAAUUGUAAAAUAAGCUGAAAAAUUUAUUAAGAGAUAACGAGAAGAGAAAACUCUAUUCAUUAAAAGUUUUCUUGUCUGUCCUUUUGUAAAAAUUGUAAAAAGAAAUUAAAAAAAAAAAGUCGGAAGAAAUAGGACAAAAACGAAAAACAAAUCUAGCACAGAUAAAAUGACAGAAAAAGAGAUGCAAGCACAUGAUAAUGUAAGAUGGCGUAACUGGCCUCGGGCUGUGACAUUGUACGAUCAAAUUUUAAAUUCUCCUCCUUAUACACAAACUGUCAACAGUAGAAGCCUUAAAGAUCGUCAUAUUUCCUGUUUGUUGGGCCGCUGCGAAUGUCUCUUAGAAUUGGGUAAAUAUGAGUUGUGUCUUAACGACGCUCGAAAAAUUAUCUCGAUGCUAAGUGAGCAGCAGACGGAUUGUUUAGCUAGCGUUUCCAGGACACGACGUUGGCUUGUUCAUUCUUUGUGCAAGCUUAAGAAAUAUCCGGAAGCUGAACACAUUUUGCGAGAAUGGGUUUCAGAGUUAACGUCACAGCCGGUAUUUGUGGACAUCUGUAAGACCCUAGAACGUUACAAGUCCGUUAUACAUAUGCUGAGCAGUAAUAAAUCGUCGCAGAAAAUCACUCAUACUCGUUUAGAGGAUGAGAUGUCAAUUUUAGACACCAAACUCGACCAUUGGGCCACCAAUAAUCUUCCGCUAGAUAAGUUUAGUAAACUCUUAAGUAAUAAAGGUAUAAAAAAAAGAGAAAAUCAAACUCACAAUGGCGCAGUGUCGAAUCCUGUUGGCCUAACUGGUAGCAGUUCCACUGGGAAUCUGCAAAAGACAACUGAUUUUUUAGCUGGCCUUAAAGUUUCUGGUAGUAAGUCUGCUUCAGAAGAUUCAAUCGAAAAUAGCAACUCUACAACCUGUUCUUAUUGCGCUAUUACCUUCAAUACACGCAUAGAGCUUAGACAACAUUGUCAAACCGAAGCUCAUCAAAACGUCAUAAUGUCAGAUGAAGGUCGAGAUUGGAAGUGGAGACCUCCUCCUAGGGGUUAUACACUAGACUCCUAUGGUCUUUGCGAAUCUUGGAGCGAAUUUCAAACCUGCCACUACGGUAAUCAAUGCGUGGAGGCCCACGGGCAAGAUGAGCUUAACGAGUGGAAGGAACGAUUUGAAUAUCGACGUAUGCGGGUUCAAAAGGCGUGGGAAAAGGAACUCUACGGUAAAUCUUACACCGAAGAAAUAUUAGAAAGAUGGAUUCAGUCGACAGCACCAGAAAAAAUCAUGUGUGAGAAAAUUGUUGGCAUUGAAGCUGUUUGUGAGCAAGAUCUUGUUACUAGCAUUAGUUCUAAAUCAUCUAAACGUGAAUGGAUUUUUGUUCUUAAGACGGCAGGAAACCCUUUAAGGGCCGUGGCUCUCUUACAAGAUGCCCAUCGCAGUCAUUUCGGCAUUAAGUCUAUUAAAAUAAUGGGCUCAAAUGAAGAGUUAGAAUUAAAAACCAAUCAAGAAUGGGUUCAUAAUAAGCAUUCAGCUGCAGCUUUGGUUUCCUCAUCAACGAUUGCUGAUUCUGGUGUUAAAGAAGAAGAAAUGAAUGACCCCAGGAAGGAAGAAAUCGAACCACAAGAAACAAUGAAUUCCUCUCCAACAUCUGCCAAUAACAGUCCUCUUGAAUAUCAAAUCACUUUAGAAUUUCAUACAGAAAUUUAUGGUACUUUUCGUCAAGCUGUAUGUUUUGAUUUCGGCACAGAACCACUGUUGGUGCGACAUUUAUGUGUUGACGUUGUACCUGUAAAUGAUGCUGAGAAAAUUGAAGAAAUCAAACGUGAUAUUAUAAAUAGUUCGGCCACUCGUUGGGAUGUUUCGAACACUAAUUUGGUUAAGUUUGAAACCACACUUGGUACUCACCUGAAGACUGAAGCCUAUUUGAACGAUUUAAAGCAUGAAAAGGAAAUGCUGGAGCGAUAUCCUUGUCCACGAGCUCAAACCUUCACCCUCACUCAGUCGACCAUUCUGGAGAAGCGUUUAACGCAAAAUAAUUACCGGUCGCGCAUUCACGAACUGCUAUACGUUGAAGAAAUAGCCCGCUACGAACAAAUAGCUCGUUUUAAUCUCAGUACGAAGCUUACGGUUACAUCAAACUAUAUUUUAACGCCAGCUGGAAUGGCUACUAGCACCGCCAAAUACUCGCUAUCAGGGGAACUCUUUGCGUUAAUGCAUUUGGGUAAAGACAUAUCCGAAGAUACAUCUGCGGGUCGUUUAAUUUUAUCCAACUGCUCCAGUGUUUAUAUAUCUCCAGUUGAAGAGGGCCAAGUAAAGGAUAAAAAACGUAAUGUCUACGAGGCGCUUAUUGAGGACAAGGGCAAAAAUGUGAUUUACCUAAAGCUUUCAGCCAAAUGCGUUGAGAGUAUGAAAUUAAAGGCCGAUACAGAAAUACAUGUGGACAUACAGUUUCAGCUUAAUCGUUUACCGUAUUGUGAAUGGCACCAUGCAGUGGACAAAAUUACUGAUUUUAAAAUCAUAUUUCCUGUAACGGAUAUCGAGCCGAGUAUACCAUGGACGCCCAAAAAGCAAUGGUCUGAGACAUGUGAACCCAAGUUGAAUGCCAAACAACGAGAAGCUGUCAAUGCUAUUACAACUUCAUUGGGCAUUAAACUACCACCCAUUCUGUUAAUUGGUCCAUUUGGUACAGGCAAAACGUACACUUUAGCCCAAGCAAUAAAACAAUUAUUGGUUCAACCGGAAGCUAAAAUUUUAAUAUGUACACAUUCAAAUUCAGCAGCUGACUUAUAUAUCAAAGAAUAUUUGCAUCCAUGGAUAGAAGAAGGUUUUAAGGAAGCCAUACCUCUCAGAGUGUAUUAUCAUAAGCGUUGGGUAGCUACUGUCAAUGGUGUUGUACAAAAGUAUUGCGUAAACGAUGGCGCAGGUAAUUUUCGUCGUCCUACUGUCGAUGAUAUAAUGAAGUAUCGUAUUGUUGUGGUAACCCUUAAUAUAUCAAUGGAACUUGCCAAUUUGGAUAUACCUAAGGGAUAUUUCACUCAUAUUUUUCUUGAUGAGGCCGCUCAAGCGAUGGAAUGUGAAGCGAUUAUGCCACUGGCUUUGGCUAACGAAAGCACACGCAUAGUACUGGCAGGUGAUCAUAUGCAAAUGAGUCCCGAAUUGUUCUCAGCGUUCGCUAAAGAACGUAAGUUGCAUAUUUCGCUAUUGGAACGUCUUUACGAUCACUAUCCCUCCAAUUUUCCAUGUAAAAUAUUGUUAUGCGAAAAUUAUCGUGCUCACGAGGUCAUUAUCAAGUUUACCUCAGAGCUGUUUUAUGAACAAAAGCUGAUUGCUUCUGGUAAACAACCGCGUCAUGAGAAAUUUUAUCCAUUGACUUUUUUCACCACCCGAGGCGAGGACGUUCAAGACAAAAAUUCAACGGCAUUUUAUAACAAUGCUGAAGUGUAUGAGUUAGUUGAACGCGUCUCUGAAUUGCGCAAAAAAUGGCCUACGUCAUGGGGCAAAAUAAACGAUGCAAGCAUUGGCAUUAUGACACCUUACGCAGAUCAGGUUUUUCGUAUACGUUCUGAAUUAAGAAAACGACGAAUGGGUGGAAUCUCUGUGGAGCGUGUUCUUAAUGUUCAGGGUAAACAAUUUCGUGCGGUAUUUCUCUCUACGGUGCGCACUCGCAGAACCUGCAUGCCUAACGGUAUGGCAGUCGCUGGUUUCCCUGGUCAGUCAUUUAAUCCUGUAGAAGAUGCAGAUUAUGGUUUUCUAAGCAAUUCGAAAUUACUUAACACGGCAUUUACCAGGGCGCAAAGCUUAGUAGCUGUAGUUGGCGAUCCAGUAGCCCUUUGCUCAAUUGGACGAUGUCGUAAAGUUUGGGAGCGUUUUAUACAGAUAUGCCAUGAGAAUAAAUCCCUUUUUGGAAUCACAAUGUGGCAACUGCGCUCCCAAUUAGAUGGAGUGGAGCUGAAAAAAGGUUAUGUGUUAAAUCCAUUGGCGCCCGAAUUUAUACCCCGUUCUUUACAACCUGAGGCGUACUUGCGUGAUCAGGCUGCUAUGUAUCUUGCAAUGGCUGGCAUAGCCAAUAACCAUCAUCCACUCGGACCGCAUACUGGAAGUUUACAUGGUCCAGGAACAUUAGGACCCCAUCCAGGGUUAUUAGCUGCUGGCGGUCAUGGUUCAAUACCACCACAUCAUCCUGCUAACAUGGCCAGCCAACACAUACCACACAUGUAUGGACCCCAUACAGCUGCAGCUGCUUAUAAUGUUGCGGCAGCAGCAGCUGCAAUGAUGAAUCAAGGAUUAGUACCCAGUAAAGGGGGACAUAAUUUUUCCAGUCAUCCGAAUCAUAUGCCAAUGAGAGCUAUUGGACCUCCACCUCCCAGUGGCCCUCAAACAGUACCGCAGCCAGGACCCCCUAUGGCUACGCAACAGUUUAAUCCGCGUGGCCCGCCUCCCCUCUCGGCUGUGCAUAUGGGCCAACCACCUACGCCGUAUAUGCCUUGGCAUACUCAGCCAUCUUUAAGGGGGGGACCACCAGGCACUGGUCAGCAGCCCGGACUACCAGGGAAUCAAAAUCCAAAUGCCACUUUAUGGGGACCACCACCGCAAACAAAUCCAUGGAGCGCCUUGCCCAAACAGCCACCAAUGUCGCAGCCUCCCAACGCUAGUGGUGUACCACCCAACAGUCGUCAGAUGCCACCACAGCAACCCGUUCACGGUGUAAGAGGAACAAGUGUGCCUCUGCAACCGCCGAACCUUACUAAUCCUCAAACGAUGCGCAACAAUCCCAGCGACUUAGGGUAUUUAGCAAAUAAAGCCUUAUACGGGAAACAACAUCCAGGUCAAGGUACCCAAAUAUCAGCACCCCCGCAAUCACACGUUAACUUUCCGACUUUUAGCUACAAUGUGGCACCUAACCAAUUGCAAAUGAUAAAUCAAAGGAACAUUACGGGCAUACCCAACGGCCCUGUCAGUCCUAUGGAUUCAUUUAUGCAAAGGCCUCCUACUGGUAGCACUGUUGGGGCCGCCCAGGCUAGCUUCUUUGGCCAAAGCAAUAUGCCUGGCGGACUUAAAGAAAAAGAAUUUCAAUUACUCAAUAAUGUACAUUUGCCGCCAUUAAAUAUUGGUGCUAAUCUGUUUCCAAUCGCAGCUCCUAAUAUGAUGGCCAACGCUGCAAAUAAUAAACAACAAUCGCCAACAACUCUGAGAUUUCCUCUGCCCAAUGAAUACGCUUCUGUUUUGCCACCCAACAUGAACAUUUACGAGAUGGCCUUUGAAUCCAAGGAUCUCCAAUAUAAAUGGUACUUAAAACUUUUGGAAAUCCAAGGUCAAGAGGCAGCUAAUAAAUUUACAGACGCAUUGCGUCAGGUGACUGCCGCCCUCCAACAACAAUCAAAUCCUAAUUUGAAGCCAUCGCAACACUUACAAGGUGGUCCACAUUUACAUGCGGGAAACCAGUUAAUCUCACGUGAUCUGAUGCAACAACAGCCCAUGAUUGCUUAUCCGCAGCAGCAACCACAACAACAGCAACCCCGUACUGCCCAACCGUUUAUGGGAGCCACAGCGAUACCACCGCUAAGCAAUCUGAUGCAGCCUCCGUUAACCUUAACCGUGGCUAAUGAUGAAACCCCACCCUUGGAUGGCAACAUUAAUUUUAAUCAACAAAUUGAUAUGGUCUUUAACUCUAUUAUUAACGGCAAUGAAAUAUCACAGCCGAUAUUACGCGAUCUUUUUGGAGUGGGUGGAGGUGGCAGCAACAGUACAGACAUAAAUGGCGAGUUACUGCCAAACGCAACUCCACCCACAGCAAAUAAUAGUAAAUUGUUCCCGGGAACAGGGAUGGGGGCUGCCUUAUUAAGCGGUCAAUCAAACAACCUAACGAAGAAUCCAUUAACCUCUAAUAUGUUUACAUUGCAUUCGAUACCGCCGCAGCAACAUCAAGCACCAUUGCCUACGGUCGGCUCAGGGAGCGCUUUUUUAGGCAACAGUUUUUUAGAUACUUUGCUUAAUAACAAAGAAUUUCUCCUGGGUUCGAAUAUUGGGGAAGCAGCACCUGCUAUUUCGGUACCACUCUAUAGGCGUCAAGGAAUGACAAUGGGCAAUGCUCAUAAUAUAAAUAGUGCUGGCAAUUCGGCUAACACCACCGCCGGCCAAUCGUUAUCUUCUUCAGCGCCUGAUAAUAUAUUUACCAACUGUAAUAAUGAUAUACUAGCCGGCUUAGGUACGGGAACUGCUGGAAAUCUUCUCGAUUCACUCUUCCAAAAUAAUCCACAUCAAGACAUGCAACCGCAACAGCAACAAUCGUUACAGCCGCAGCCACAACAAACGCAGCAUCCACAACAUAAUAGCAAUUUUCAAAAAUUACUCUACAAUAAUUUCAAUAGCCCCGGAAUCAAACACAAUGACAUGGACACGUUUGUAGGCAAUAAUACAUUUGCAACGAAUCCUCUCGCGGACGGUGUUAAUAAUAGUUUCCAUAAUCAAAUGCAUCAGCAAAAAAGUAACGCAUUGAACAGUACUGGACCACCGAAUAACACUAUUGCAACAGCUGAUACACGCAGCACCACGUAUGCAGCGGUAUUAAGCCAACGACCGCAACAACCAGAUGUUAUGCAACAUAACAUUACCAGUGGCAGUGGCGGUGGCGGUGGCGGUGCUGCCUUAAACAUAAGUGGAACAAGUUCUGCUAGCAAUAAUAUUGAUGGCAGUGAAAAGGAUCCCUUCGCAGCCAUACGCGAAUUGGGUCAAGGUACGAAUGGUUUUUAUAAUUAUUUUCAAUAAAUACGGCUUCGGAAAAAAAAAAACGAAGAAAGAGAAAGGUUACAAAAAAA